AUGACAAAUUCUCAGUCGAAGAAGAUCAGUCUGGUUCGUCCAGCAUUCGUGAACUAUACCCAUCAGAAUUUCGAUCAAGCCACAGGCUUCCUGGAAGAUUUCGGUCUGGUUCCGUGUCACGAGUCAGAGGACAAGAUCUAUUAUCGCGGAUAUGGUACGGACCCCUUUGUGUAUUGUGCACAGAAAGGCGACCGUGACGAGUUCGGCGGUGCAGGCUUCGUGGUCGAAAGUGAGGCCGACCUGGAAUACGCCAGCGAGAGCCUCCCCAACGCAACCGCAGUGUACCAUCUCGACGCGCCUGGCGGGGGCAAAGGGGUGACCUUCCGGGAUCCGAUCGAUGGAUUUGCUUUUCACUUGGUUUGGGACCAGUCGCCAAACAAGGCGCAGGGCCCCCAACUGCCACAGUUAAACUAUAACCUGCCUACGGAAAAGCAUCGUAUCAAGGAAACUAAGCGGUUCGGUAAAGGUCCAGCACCCGUGCACAAACUGGGCCAUUUUGGACUCUGUGUGACCGACUUCGAAGCAUUCUAUGAGUUCUUCACAGCCCAUUUCAACUUUCACCCAAGUGAUUUCAUUUAUGAUGAAAGUGGUCGGAACAUCACCGUGUUCUGUCGUCUAGACCGGGGCUCCACCCCGGUGGAUCACCAUUGUUUCUUCUUCUUCGAAGGCCCCAAAGCACAUGUGCACCAUGCGUCAUUUGAAACGCAUGACUUUGAUAUCCAAACAAUUGGCCAUGACUGGCUGCGUGAAAAGGGAUAUACCAACUGCUGGGGCGUGGGACGGCAUGUCCUCGGAAGCCAAAUCUUCGAUUACUGGUUUGACCCUUCGGGCUUCAUCGUCGAGCAUUAUGUGGAUGGAGACCUCUUCGACAACACAAUCCCCACCAACAGGACGCUGGCGGGCCCCGACAAUCUGCAUAUUUGGGGUCCUGAACUACCUCCCACAUUCUUACUUUGA